CUCCGACGGAGGCCAGGGAGCGUUUGGUUACUGGAUCUACCCGCUGGGAGACGGUAGCACGGGAUAUCUUCAACCGGUUUGGAUGGCGAUCAUGUAAUAGGAUAUGCAAUUAGUUUACCUGUCUCUCUUAUGCCAGUUGGUUGUGGCUUUUCAUGGCCAGUUUGUUUUUGGCCCUUUUGGCUCUUUGUGAGCUCUCCUUUAUUUUCGUUUUGAGACUCUAAGAUCUUGUUGAACCUAUUUAUCUUUUUAAUAAGUUGGCCGUAUGCAUCGUUCUGAUGCAGAGGCCAGGGAGUUCCCCCUUUUCGAAAAAAAAAGGAAGUACAUGCUUAGCUAAGUUGUGAGACUCAUAGCUUCUUCCUUUUUGCGACGUGGGAUUGUGGGAAGGCCGGAGCAGAGCGGGCUGCUCCAAAUUUUUUUUUUAGUACCGGGAUGCUCCUAGGUUGCUUACCAAGUAUUCUUCCUUACCCCCCUAAAAAAAGCAUUCUUCCUUCAAACAGAAAUACUUUAUUUAACACACACGAACAUUCACUCAAAACACACACACACCGACACACGUGCACAAAUCUCACAAAACAGUAUGAAGAAAUGUAAGGACAGAUAAAACAUUUUUCAUUGACUUAUGGGCAGAGAGAUUCUAAUAGCAGAUCUGACUGGUGGACUCCACAUAUCAGGCCUAACGUGGCGAAGGGAACAUGAGAAAACAGUGCAGUACCU